CUCCGAUAAAUUUGAGAAAAAAUCCGUGAAUUUUAACGUUGCAAUAACUAAGUAACUCGUACGUCUAUUUUGAGUGUAUCUAAUUUUGUCCCGGGUGAUGGCAUACGAUCGCACACAAAUAAAGAAUUUUCAUGUGUGCGUGUAUACGUGUGAUACAAGAGAACUCCGAUGGAAAAAGCAUUUUAACAUCCUCAGGUCGCGCGCAGUCGCUUAUACACAUCGGCACAGCCCAAAUACUAUCGUUAAAUUCAACAUUCGUCAACUGCCACUGGCUUCCCACAUCUCCUCAUCCUCCAAUAAACCAGCAGGCUCGCCAGUAAGUGACCCGACAAAUGAGGAUAAAAAUGAACUAGCCCCGCCUGAACCUGAAUCAAAAACCGAGAAGGAUGCGACAAAGGCCAAAGAGGAACAAAAAAUCGAAUCACCAGAAGAAACGAUGCUUGAAAAUAUCACCGAUAAAUUAACGGAUUCGCGGACCGAGGGUAGUGACAAAACCCUCCCGAAAUCCCCAUCGAGCUCCGAACCAAGAAGACAACCCGGUGAGUGCAGAUUAUUGCCCGUAUUAGUAGAUUUGCGCUCAAGCCUCGAGACGAAUACCAAUUCAUGUACAACGAUGUCGCGACAGAGCGCUGAUUUAUCACCAAUAACCGAGGGCUCAGUUGAGCCAAAACUAGACAUAAAUUAUUUCCAAGAUUUAUGUACAUCUGAUUUGAAGACAGCCCUAUCACGUCUUGAGGAUACCCUGAAGAGAGUGGACAUAAAUGCACUGACAAAGUACUCACUGACCCUCGAGCCAUCCGACAAAUACCACCUUCUGCAGUUGAUUUCGACCCUCGUAUCGAACCUGAAGAAAGCGAAGAUAGACGAAGAGGCUGAAUUAGGACUGUCGCCAUCGCCUCCCCCGGUGCCGCCGUUGACGCGUCGCCCCCGAAAACGGGGGAACAGACACACAAUUGGGGUGAGCAGUGAGGAACUGGCCAGUGCCAGAAGAUGGCUUGAGCAGGAGAGAGGACCUGCUGCUGUAAAAAUCAUCGUCAAACCUCUGCCACCAGUCAAAUCAGCAGAAUCAGCUCCUGUUUCGGUCAGCCAGGUGGACUCCAGGGUGUCAGAUUGCUGGGGUUCACCAGACGUCAAUCUUCCGCGAACAUGUGACAAACACAUCAAGGACGCCAUCAACCAGAAACAGUCCCUCCAGCACAAGAUCAAGGACAAUGAUUCGGGUAUAAAUAUACCAUCUGUGGUAUCACCACCUGGUGACUCUGGGGAAGAAUCCUGGGAGGGUCUGGAGGCCCUCAGUCCCGAUGACGACAGAUUGUCGUACAAAUUCAAUUAUAUGCAGGGGAAUUCUCACGAUCACGUAUUGUUCAAUGGAAAUUCCAAGUCAAAUAAAUAUUCAGUCAAAAAAACGAAGAUCAAACGCGCCAAUACCAUCGAUAUUCCCAAUUACCUGAAGAUGCAGGCGGAAAAGCAUAAGAUGCAGUCAGGUAAUGGCCUGAGACGACCCAUCGACAUAAGUGAUAAAGUCGCUUGGAAUCAGUUUUGCGGGCCCCAAUCGAUGAAUCCCCCCCCGGCAAUUCCCUCCUUCCAACCCAAGACUGAAAAUGACAAGAAGUUCCUGGCGCUCAUCAACAGGAACACCGACAGCCACAGGAGUUCCUGGAAGGACAUUCCCCCGUCGAGUGCUCCCUUCAAGAGCUUCAACUACCGUCAGAGUAAUUCAAUCGCCGAUAAGAACUGGAAGAGCAGGUUCUCGAACAUCAAAACAACAUUCGACAAGCCCCAGUCCAACUCCUCGUCCGUUUCGUCUUCCCCAGCGUCCUCAGUGUUUUCUGGGGCUUUUCCAUCCCGAAGGAAUUCCCGGGAGCUUCACGGCUUCCUCAAGCAUCACGAGGACGAACCGCCGAAAUUCGAGCUUAGAAAUUUCCCGAAGCACUUGGAGGAAAAUGGAGAUCGAGUUGCGAUGGCAUCGCGCAGGUUUUCAGCUGCUACGAGCAUUGAAAAUAUUCCAGAGACGAGAUUUCCACAGCCACCACCGAGGAAUCCAGUCUUCAGUCACGCAGCUACGUCUCCCUUCAAGAAAUUCCCCUCGUCGUUAAAAAGUGAUGGCAGAGGAGAAAGAGCUUCGAUGGGAUCCAGUGAUGAUAGACCAGUGCCCUCGAGUUAUUUGCCUGCGUGCGCUACUGGAGGUCUUCUCAAAGCCAAAGUCAAGAUGUUCGAUCAGGUGCAGUCGCAGGUGCCAAUAAAUUCCCAGAGCAAUUCGUUCGGUCAUCAGAAGUCCCAGAGCAAUUCUUUUGGUCAUCAGAAGCCCCAGAACAAUUGUUUUGGUCAUCAGAAGCCCUUGAAUGCCCUCAAUCGAGGUCGUCCGUUCAAUCAGGAGGAGCACCUGGAUAAAUCCAGAGCUAUCCAGAAGAUCGAGCAUCUCUACUCAAACAACGACAACCGGACGAACGGUCCUGGCAAGUGGACGAACGGCCAGAACGUUCACGAGAAGGAAGUUCAAGUUGAUGUUCAUCGGAAUGAUCAUCUCAACAAUAAUUACCAGAGUGUGGCUGUUCAGACGAGUGCAAGGUCGACCCCCAAGCCGAUAACUCCUGAAACCGAGGUAUUUCCCGUUCAGGAUUUCUACAAGCCAUUUUAUUCUGCAUCAGAGAAUCCAAUUUACGUGCCCCCAGCGUUGAAGGACGUGAAUUACCUACAGGAGAGAAAAUACGAGGAUUACAAGUCUGAUCAGUUGCCUCAGCUACCACUGGUGCCUCCAGAUCUUCCAAACGAAGAGAUCGUUGAGAAUCAGGACAUCACACCUGAUAAAAUUGUCACGAGGUACACGGCCGCGAUAGCGACAGUCGCGAGAUCCCCGUCUCCAGAGCCCCAGAGGCACCAGACAGUCCCGAGUAAGGCCCCAGCUCCCUUGAUCCUCCAGGACGAUAUGCAUCACAUACUAAAUUCAGUCCCCCUGAAGCCAGGGCAGCCGAUUGUCCUUCAAGACGACAUUCAGAGGCACAACAUGCUCCAGCUGAGUCUCAUCAAGAGGAUUCAGGGAAACGAGGAGCCACCAGAGCCGAUCAUAGAGAUCAACAACACUCAGGACAAGAUCAAUAUCUUCGAGGAGAAGUCCCAUCCAGUACCAAAGAUCAACGUCACCAGUCCCACCAAAUCUUCGAACCCCCUGUCCUUCCCAGGAAAUCAAAAAUCCACUACAAUUCCCAUUGACUCCAGUGAUGAAUAUCUGGUGUCCUGUUCUAAUCGUCCUAAUAGAUCAAUUGUCCUGUCUAAAUCGGAGUCCUGGCAUCAACUUGCUCUGACAGGUGCUAACAAACCUCUGCAGCAUCUCCAGGUGCCGACAACACACUCACAUAAACCACCAAAGUCCAGCUCUCCAAUGUCUCAGAGACACUCCAGGAAUCUUGAAACAUCGGGGAGUAAUCCUAACGUUGCACUAAAAAAAAUGGAGGAAAAGGUGCAGAGAUAUUUCAACAACUCUCGUGGAUCCAGCGGUAGUUUGGAUUGUCAUCAACAAUCAUCGAAUAUUAAACGCGAGUCCAGGAGAUCUUUUUCACCGAAAAAAAUGCCCAAUAAUCUUGCGAGGAGUCACACAAUGCCACAUCUGUUCGAUGAUACCUACGAUGUUGAUAAGGCUUUUGAUAACCUCUUCGAAGAGACAACGAGGGACAAUCGAUACUAAAUUUAUCAACAAUCAGAGCUAUGAAUUUGUAAUUUUGUAUAAUUUUUUUUUUUUCCAAACGAAGAGGAAAUCGAGAUUUGUUUGUAACGUCUGUGAAGACAAUUUGAUAUUUUAUAUGAUUUGUGAUUGAAGGAAUGUAUAAACUGAGAAAAAUUACUUUGAGAGAUUUAAUAAAAUAAUUUGAUGUAAAA